AUGGCCGAAUCCGCAACCGCGACACCGGCGGGCCCCGUCGCAAACACCCCAGCGACAAGCAGCGCUCCAACAGCGACCGGAGACAAUGCCACCUCUGCCAACCCGUCUCAAUCCCAAAGCCAAUCGCAAUCAAACAACGUCAACGCCAGCAAUGGCACCAACACCACGCAAGCAACCCCCUCUCAACCCGACACGACCACAAAUCCCAAUUCCAAUCCGGGCACCAACGACGAAAACCAACCCCCGGGUUCGACCUCCGACGCCCGCGCAAACCGUGGCCUGCCCUACUAUGAGAAACUCCGACGCGAUUUGCGCGAUACAUUGCAGAAGAAGAGGCUUAUGGAUAAGAGCAUGGCCCAACUAGAAGAACAAAUCUAUCGCUUCGAACAAUCCUACCUCGAGGAAACAACAGCCGGAAACAUAAUCAAGGGCUUCGACACAUAUAUCAAGGGCUCAUCAACAGGGACGGGGUCAUUAACGGGCGGGUUAUCGCUGUCAAGCUCGGGUGUGGGGACAUCGAGAAGGAAGGCUGCGGUUACGGAUGGCGAUCGUGUAUUCUCCAAGAGUUCGGCGUCUUUCAUGCGGGACUCCCCCGCUCCCUCUAGCGCACAAACAACUCCCUCGCACGCUCCAACCCCGAGCUCAAUGUACAACGGCUCAAACGGGAAACCAGGAAACGGGGAUACCUCUUCCGCAGCGAACAGCGUCAAGGGCGGUUCUUCCUCAUCGAAGAACAAGAAGAAGGGUACCGGCGGUGGCGGGAAUAAAGGUGACAGAGACGACGAUGAUGAUGAUAAGCCGCCGAGUAAGCGCUUGAAGAUCAGUUAUGGGAGGGAUUAG